AUGCAAAAGGAAUAUGGUUCAUUCAUCAUUGCACUCAUGGAACCCUUCCAAAAGCAAAGGUUUAUUCAGAACUAUAGGAGGAGACUGGGCAUAGAAGCAGCAAUUUCAAAUGCCAAUGGCAAAAUCUGGCUAUUUCUAGAUGUUGUUGUCCAGUGGGAUUUGUUAAUUGACACUGAGCAUCAACUCACUAUCAGGAUAUAUUAUCAAGACUUUGGCAAGUACAUCAUGAUGACUUUUGUAUAUGCAAAGUGUUCAUCACUGGAUAGAUUAGAAUUAUGGGAUAAUCUCUACUACCUAGCUAGAGAUAUUGAGUUACCUUGGGUGGUUGGAGGGGAUUUUAAUGUUAUUCUUAAUGAAGAAGAGAAAAUUGGAGGCCUUCCAGUUUACACCCCAGAGUAUGAAGAUUUUGCCUUCUGUAUAAACUCAUGUGGCCUGUUUGAUAAUGGUUACAAAGGCAGCCCAUUCACUUGGUGGAAUGGCAGACCAAAUGCAGAAUGCAUAUUCAAACGAUUGGACAAAAUUCUUGUCAAUAUGCAAUUCCAGACCUUUUUUCCCAUCACAGAAGUAGAGCAUCUAAUUAGAACAAACUCAGAUCAUGCGCCCCUCCUGAUGUGCUGUAGGGAUCAGACUUUACAAUUUGCCAAACCAUUCAGAUUUUUGAACUUCUGGACAAAACAUCAAUCAUUUCUGGAGAUAAAGCAGUUCACCCAACAAGAUGAGCCUACAAACUUUGAACUUCUUGACAAUGUUCCUACAAUGAUAUCUGAUGAGCAGAACUUAGAGCUCUGUAGAAUUCCAACAAGAGAGGAGGUCAAAGCAGCAGCUUUUGCUUUAGGUGGUGAAAGUGCAAGUGGCCCUAAUAGCUUCGCUAGCAUUUGUUUCCAAGUGUGCUGGGAUAUAGUAGGUGAAGAUAUACACAAUAUGCUCAAGUUGUUUUAUGGGGGAAGCUCUUUACCUAAAUCCAAAACUUACACAAACCUUGUAUUGCUGCCCAGAAAAAGAAAUGUCCAAACAUUUUCAGAUCUGAGACCUAUAAGUUUGAGCAACUUCAUAAACAAUGUCUUCUCCAGAGUAGUCCAUGAUAAGCUGGAAAAGAUUUUGCCUCUUCUGGUCUCAUCCAAUCAGCCAGGCUUUGUUAAGGGGAGAAGUAUUUUUGAAAACAUCUUGUUAACUCAGGAAAUUAUUAAUGACUUUAGACUCAGGGGUAAGCCUGCUAAUGUUGUCAUAAAACUUGACAUGGAAAAGGCAUACGAUAGGGUGUCCUAG